AUGUAUACAUACGUUGGGGUUGAAGUCGUUGACGAUAAUGGCGUCAAUAUAAUAUUCAAUGUUGCUGACGGCAUAUCCGGUUACACCCCCACUCUGUACACGGAAGUUGUUGACGAUAAUAAUUUCAGACAAGAAGUCGGGGGAUCACAGUGCAAUAGUCUCCCUAUCCAUCGUUCCACUCAACGGUCUCAUAGGCCGCAUGAAAGGAAUCCUUCUAAACAACAAUAUUUAGGCGACGACACAUGCUUUGCAUAUGACAUGCAUGACGAUUCCAGCAUCUUCGAGCAACACAACAACUACGUGGAACACGAUAGCGCAUUUGACAAUAAUAUUGGAGAUGACGAUGAGGUCUCACAAAGCUCCGAGGAGGAUGUUGAUGAUGGUUUAGAGGCCGAGGACCACGAAGAACACGAGAUUCCGGAGUUUGAGACGCCAAGUUCCAUGUUCGCCGAUGACACAUGGACGAACAUCGUGGACCCUAGUCCGCAAAUGCCUAAUACGAGUCACGUUGGGUGGGAUGGACAUUGUGAGCUUUUUAAGGGACAGGUUUUCUUUUCAAAGGAGGAGGUUCAGAAUACGGUGAAGAAGUAUAGCAUGCAACAGAAUAAUGUGGUUAAGACAUCAGCAUCGUCACCGACUAUGUUGGUGUACAAAUGCAAGAACCUGGUCCCAUGUCAGUGGCGACUAAGAGCAAGAAAGUGUAAGGAUGCCGAUGAGUGGAUAAUCAGUCGAUACGCAGGACCACACACUUGCGUUGCGGAGAGUGUAACCCAAGAUCAUCAUAAUCUUGACGCACAGUUCAUUUCUGAAAUUAUCGCCCCCAUCGUGAAAAAAGAUGCAAGCACGAAGGUGAAGGUUCUUCAAGCAAUGAUUUUAGAUAGGCCAGAGGGAUUCCAACCAUCGUAUGCGAAGACUUGGGCUGCGAAGCAAAUUGCUAUAGCAAGAAUUUUUGGGAACUGGGAUGAGUCGUAUGCAGAAGUCGAAAGUUUCUUAGCCGCGGUGAAAGUUAAAAAUCCAGGUACAGAGUACAUCUUGGUGUCGAAAGAUACAAAUAUACCAGGAUGCCGCACAUUCGAUCGUCUUUUCUGGGCAUUUGGGCCGGCCAUCGAAGGGUUCAAACAUUGCAGGCCUGUGAUAAGCAUUGAUGGUACCUUCCUAACAGGAAAGUACAAGGGCGUAAUCUUGGUUGCUGUGAGUCAGGACGCGGAAAAUCAAAUAUUCCCUAUUGCAUUUGCCAUUGUGGAGAAGGAGGAUGCUGAUAAUUGGGGGUGGUUCUUGUCCUGCCUCAGACAUUUUGUCACCAAUCGAACAGAAUUGUGUCUAAUUUCAGACAGGCAUACUGGUCUAUUGUCGUACAUAAAAGGAGAUCCACUUUGGAGACCCCCCCAUGCUUAUCAUCGCUAUUGUGCCCGUCACAUUGGGGCAAACUAUAUGAGGAGGUUCAACAAAAUUGUGGGCAACCAAGUAAAAGUUACGGCCAUGGAAAUCCAAAAACGAAAGUUUAAAGCUCAGCUUGAAAAGACUAAAAAGUUCGGCGAAGAGGAAAAGGUCUACAAGGAACUAACGGAGGAUUUGGUUUUAAAGAAAUGGUCAUUCGCGCAUGAUGGAGGAAGGCGUUACGGAUCGGAAACAACAAACAUCUCAGAGAGCUUGAAUGGGGUCCUAAAAGAAGCUAGGCACCUGCCAAUAAUGGGAACGGUUAUGAUGACAUUCUACAAAAGCGUGAACUAUUUCAAUGACAGAGCCGUAGAAGCACGAAAAAAAAUUGAGACGGGGGGAAACUGGAGCACGUUUGCCAUAAAAAAGUACAAAUACUGGAGGAAUAAGGCAUCAAGACACCAGGUCAUUGAGUUUGACCGCGCGGCACAAACUUACGAGGUGCAGACUCCAAUGAAUCGGAUGAGCCCAUAUAAAGGAAAUCACAGGCAUUCAGUUGACAUGAUCAAUCGUACGUGCAGUUGCAACAAGUUUCAACAAUGGAAGAUGCCGUGCUCGCAUGUGCUUGCGACGUGCAUGUUCAUGAAAACUUCCCCUUUCGAAUACUUCAGCGAUGUUUGGUCACUCAAAUCAAUUAUACAAAUGUAUGCCUCUCAACCAUUUAGGCCCCCGCGUGACAAGGCGUAUUGGCCUGAAAUCAUUGGGCCAACCAUCAUUCCAGACCGAGAACGUAUCCGGGGGAGAGGGCGACCCCAAAUCACACGGUUCAGGAACGAGAUGGAUUGGAUUGAGCACCAACCAUCACAGAGACAGUCAUGCACAUUGUGUGGACAAGAAGGACAUAAUCGAAGAAAAUGUUCCGGAAGCAGGGCAGAAGCGUCAAGUUCAGGAACAAAUUUGUAA